AUGGCGGCCGAAGCAGGGGACACAAGCUAUUCCGAGUUGCAAAAGUUCAAGAAGUCCAGUGAGCCGGGCUCUGUUCUGGAGUGUUGGAAGGGAUUGGCUGCAGAUCUUGCGCCACGCUUGCAGGAAAUCGCUCAGUUCGUGAUUGCCCCUGAUCUGGCAGCAGUCGAAUCAGCUCAAGCACAGCUACGCAACGAGUUGCUUCAAUCCAAUCGUGACGUGGUUGCUUUGGGAGAUGAAGAAAACGGCAACGACCAGGCCGACCAGGGUGAGGAGUGUGACGACCAGGAAGAGGACGAGGGCGAGCCGGCUGCGGAGUGUGACAAGAAGAAGCGCCCGAGAAGCAAUGGAGCUGGCCCGCUGUGGAGUGCCAUGCAACACUUUAUCAAGACCGAUUCCUUGUGA